AUGUUGCGGCAUCUUUUGGUCUUUUUAGCCGGUACGGCAACUGCUGUUUUUAACGAGUCAUGCAAUGCGCUUGACUUGGCUGUUGUCUGUGAAAAUGAUUGCAAUGUCAUUUUGAACGAGUGUAUUGGUAAUUCCGGCGGAAACUACGACCAAAUGCAUCAAUGUCUUCGAGAGCAUGAAGCUUGUUUUUCCUACUGCCCCUGCCAUCUUGAAUGCCCUCAUGGCUGUCCAUGCGUUAUAGAUGACAAUAAUAACAUCGUGGACCAUCCAUACACUGAGAAAAAAUACGAAUGCGAGCUCAACUGCACGGAAACAUACUACAAAGAGGCGGAAAUUUGCAUGGAUGAUUGUCACACGCGAGCUUGCGCUUGCAUGUUUAACUGCGAGGUCUUUGGCUACCAUUGUACUGAAGAAUGUGGAAUGGAAGCAAAAGCAUGUCACGAUGCUUGUCCAUGUGGUCCUCUCUGUCCAAACGGCUGCCCUUGCGAUAACUUCUGCAAUGAAGCUUACAAUCAGACCACUCUUGUCAUGUCCAACUCUCCUGAUGUCCAACCUGCCCGGCUUCUCAAGUGGGUCGUCACUGAGCAAGACAUGGAAAUUGAAGACUUCGACCGACGAGGACCUGCCAUGGACGGACUUUCUGGAUGUCAAGCUGUCUACAACGGAAAUCUCUUUGUACUUGGAGGAGAUGGCUCCAACACCGUCUGGCGAGUUUCCGACUGUGGUCUUGUCGAAGCGCAGUGGUCUCUUCCUACUGAGUGGGAGAAUCCUGGUGAUAAGGAAGACGUGGCUGAACUUGAAUGGAACGGUGGACAUGUCUGUCAAAACGCCAAUCAUCUGAAAGAGGAAGAUAAGGAUGGACUGAUGAUUUGCGGUCCUUCUAGUCGAACAAAGGUCUGCUUGUUCUUCACACAGGAUGAAGACGGAAAUUUUGAUUGGCGAAACUACCCAGAAACACCAGAAGGGCACAAUCGAGGAGCUCUGGCUGACAACAGAUACCAAGUUCGAACCUACAUGAUCGGUGGAGUCAACGAUGAUGGCAACUCUCAUGGUGUCAUGCACACUUUCUUCCCUACUUUUGAUGUCAACAACGACUACACAACUGUUGGUGAGGUAAACAACCCUUAUCUCACUGGGGUAACUGAUCUCACAAUGGUUGCUUACCGAAGAUACAUGAUCGUUAUGGGAGGAUGGAUGAAUGGCAAAGCAUACGACGGCGUUCACAUCUUCCACGAAAUCACAAACGAAUGGGAUAUCGACCCAGCUACUCAACAAUCAGUACAAUGGAAAUUGCUUCAGCCAAGAACCAAGCUCCGAGCUAUCGUCUUUGACGAUCGAACUCUCAAUGUCUAUGGUGGUACAUACGGAAGUGGCGAAAAAGUCACCUUCAUCGAGCGAUUCGUGAACCAAGCUGAUCUCAACGACGAGCUCGGUCAACAAGUUUUCCCAGAUUUCAGCCAGCCCGAGCAAUCCGAAUCUGUUUCGCUCGAUUCCUACGACAAUCCUAUUGUUUUCAAAACGCUCAACACUUUCUUCGGCGAAUGCAACGGAACUGUCAUCGAAACGACGGAAACUCCCGGAACCGAAGCUUGGACAACAGAGGAGAUCUGGUCGACGGUCGACUCGACCGAAGAAGUUUGGACGACUGAAGAGGUUUUUACAACUGAAGAACCAGAAGAGCCAGAAAUCUAA